UGAAAUUUACAAAAUUAAUACGGGUGGUAGUGGUGAAACGUCCUGUAAUCAAGAGAGACAAAGAGAUAGAGAGAGAAUAUGGGGGUGUUGCUGCCUUAUCUCUCAUCCACACUCUACUCUUCACUGUUUUCCCAGCUCUCUCUUACCUCCAGAAACUCGCGUUCCAAUUUGAACUCAAAGUCGGUUGGAUUGCGCGUGAGAUCGAGUUUGGAGGAUGAGAAUUCUGGUUCUGGUACCGGAGCUUCGGAUAGUUCAUCAAAUAUUAGCAGCUUAAGGGAUGAUCAAGUUGUAACUUCUCGGCGCCUUUGCGUUGCGUGUUUAUGCUCAUCUAUAGCUUUGAUAAGCCCCUCUGGGAAACCUCUGUCCAGACAAGAAGCUAUUGCUGCUGAAGGAAAAGAAAGGGCAGUCUGCCGGAAUUGUGGCGGUAGUGGUGCUAUCAUAUGUGAUAUGUGUGGUGGUACAGGAAAAUGGAAGGCUUUAAAUAGAAAGCGUGCUAAAGAUGUAUAUGAGUUUACAGAAUGUCCUAAUUGUUAUGGUAGAGGAAAACUGGUUUGCCCUGUUUGCUUGGGUACUGGCUUGCCAAAUAACAAAGGACUUUUGAGAAGGCCUGAAGCAAAGCAGUUGCUGGAUAAGAUGUAUAAUGGUCGGCUUUUGCCAGGUUCUUAAAUUCUCAUAUCAUAUGCAACCUGAACCUGUAUACUGCAAAAGAACACUACAAUACCUGAAAUUUUGUGGUAGUAUAUGUAUUUCAUGAUAUAUGAAUAUUAUCUUCAUACUUAACUAAUUGUUGGCGGCAAAGCAGCUUGGUGUGUAGAGAGGAGUCCCAGAUUAGUAUGCAUGCCAGAUUUGUACCGUGUGAUGUAUGAGCUUUUGAGAUGUAGGGUGCCUCUAAAUGUGGAUCAUACUUUCCCCUUAUCUCCUAGAUUUUUAGUUUAUGGAGCAACGGGAUUCGAUCCUAGGUGUUUGGCAUCAUCCUACAACAGUUCAGCACUUCAGCCUACUAAGAUUAUUGACGUCCACAGAAUUAGAGUUGUAGUAAACCAAUGAGUGUUUGAAGUUGAUGUAAUUACUUAUAAAAUCAUUUGUAUUACCACUAUUUAUUCCCAAAUUCCAAAUUCUACUUGUUCUAGUAAAUUAUAUCACGAUCUGGUUAUCUA